UCUCACGAUUGGACGCAUGCUUGGCUCUUUAACGCAUGUGAGCAGCUGGCAAGCCGACUAUUUCACGUUUACGCAUAGGCAAGUCUGGGUAAUCGCACCUCAGCGGCUUGUUACUUCAAAUCUAUCUGAUACGCAGCCAUGCCGUCUAGUUCAGAGUCUGCUGGAGAAGUGCCCGUCUGCCCACAUGCCGCCAAGGUCCUCCCCAAUGGGGACGAUGAGAAUGAAGAAUCUGUGGUCAACAAUGAAGCCAUCUUGAAUAGCAAAGCUGGACAAAAGUUAGGUAUGAAAGAAUCACCCCAUCUGACUGAAACAAACGGGCACCAUGCGAAGAGUAUGACUACAGAUCAUAUGGAGAAUGGAUCGGGAAUAACCAUUGAGAGGAAUUGGAUUCGCCCAGAUUUGCCAAGCAGAUGCACCUGGACACUCGGUGAUCCAACCACAGAGUCGCCCCACAACCACUUUCAAACCACAAAACCCCCCAGCAUCCUCCCCAACAUUCUUGGUAGAAUCGGAGACACCCCAAUGGUCCGCAUGAACAAGAUUCCCAAAGCGUUUGGCCUUAAGUGUGAGCUCUUGGGUAAAUGUGAGUUCUUCAAUGCCGGUGGCAGUGUGAAGGACAGAAUCAGUCUGCGCAUGAUCGAGGAUGCCGAGCGAGAUGGUUUACUCAAACCUGGAGACACCAUCAUAGAGCCCACCUCAGGAAACACAGGUAUUGGACUUGCCCUGGCAGCGGCAGUCAAAGGCUAUCGUUGCAUCAUUGUCAUGCCUGAAAAAAUGAGUAUGGAAAAGGUGGAUGUGCUCCGUGCUCUUGGUGCCGAGAUUGUUCGAACCCCUACCUCAGCCCGCUUUGAUUCGCCCGAGUCUCAUGUGGGUGUGGCUUGGCGUUUGAAGAACGAGAUUGCAAACUCUCACAUUCUGGACCAGUACCGCAAUCCCAGCAACCCCCUGGCUCACUAUGACACCACUGCAGAGGAGAUUUUGGAGCAGUGUGAUGGUAAAAUAGACAUGCUGGUGGCUGGAGCUGGCACCGGUGGCACAAUCACUGGCAUCGCCCGGAAGCUGAAGGAGAAAUGCCCUAAUAUCAAGAUUGUUGGUGUGGAUCCUGAAGGCUCCAUCCUUGCUGAACCAGAAGAACUUAAUAAGACUGAUAAAACUCAGUAUGAGGUGGAGGGCAUUGGAUAUGACUUCAUUCCCACGGUUUUGGACAGAUCUGUGGUUGAUAGUUGGUACAAGUCCGUAGACGAAGAGUCUUUCGCCAUGUCUCGUAUGCUUAUCAGAGAUGAAGGUCUUCUGUGCGGUGGAAGUUCAGGCACGGCCAUGUCUGCAGCAGUGCAUCUAGCUAAAGAGCUGAAGGAAGGCCAGCGCUGUGUGGUGAUCCUCCCAGACUCCAUACGCAACUACAUGUCUAAAUUUCUCAGUGACAAAUGGAUGUGUGAAAAGGGCUUUCUAAGAGAGGAAGAUCUUGUCGUCAAUAAGUCAUGGUGGUGGAACCUGACGCUCCAGGAACUUCGGCUCUCCGCCCCUCUGACUGUCCUCCCUUCAGUGUCUAUUAAGAAGACCAUUCAGAUUCUGAAAGUAAAAGCUUUCGACCAAGCGCCUGUGGUGGAUGAGGCUGGGCAGAUUCUGGGUAUGGUCACGUUGGGAAACAUGCUCUCAUCUGUUCUGGCUGGGAAGGUCAGACCAUCUGAUCCUAUCAGUAGAGUUCUCUACAAACAAUUUAAACAGGUGCGUCUAACUGAUAACCUGGGCAAACUCUCUCGCAUUCUUGAGACGGACCAUUUCGCCCUUGUUGUUCAUGAACAGAUCCAGUUGGGUGGUGUCAGCAGUCUGAAUUGCAGUGCCUGUCUUGCAGACAUGACCGAUGGAUCUUCUACAAUGAGGCAGAUGGUUUUUGGGGUUGUCACAGCCAUUGAUCUGCUGAAUUUUGUGGCUAUUCGUGAGAGGAGGGAACGCUCGAUGUCUGAAUGUUCCCUGUCUGAAGACCAGUGAAGGACCAAAACGCACACAUCUGAUGUGUAGGGGUUUCUUUUUGCAAUAAUGUGAGAACGGAAUGAUAAAAUGCUGCUUGUUUUACACACUAUUUCUGCAAGUGGCAUGCUCGGUUUUAUUAAGAAUUAUGCCUUUUAGUAAGAGCUUAUCAAUACAGUUUUACGUGUCAUCCGGCAUUUCUUUUGCCUCUCUCGGUUGGUUUCAUUCUUGUGAGUUUACAUUUUAGUUUAGCUGGUAUAUCUUUUGUUAAGGAGUUGGCAUAAUGAAGUAAUCUAAAGUCAAAGAACAACCAUUUUGUGAUGAGUAAACUUUGACUGUGUAUGCUAUAAAUGUAAUGUAUUUCCUUCUUUAAACAACUCUGCAUGUGGUAUAGCCCUGGGUUUAGUAGAACCUAGUUUUAUGAUUCUAUCCUGUCUAGUCUGGGGCUACAUUGCCAUCUAGUGACUUCAGUAGUUUACAACAGCAAUAUUUCUUUGCCUGUACCAAUCAUGUUCUGAUUCUUCUUGGCACAUUUACUAUAGGUCUGUAGUAUAUUAGGAGGUUUGCAGUCAUGAUUAUUGGUAAUUGACAGAAAAUAUAACAAUAGUUUGACCAACCAAACGUAUAUUCUAAUGUAUAUAAGACUUCAAGAAUACAACGGGGUGUAAAUAACAAAGUGCUUUUGGACCUGUCACAGUCCAGAUAUUACAACAGACCAUUCUGUGUUAGACAGAAAUCGUUUCUUUUCUUUUUUUGUAUUCUUAUUCUUGUAAGUCAAACUUGUGAAGAGAAUAUGUGUUAAGGAGUAAGUGAAAAAUGAUUGUGUUUAGGAGUUAUUUGUGAAUUAUUGAAUGUGAGGAUACUCUUAUGUGCAUGCUGCUGGAUGUCUCCGAUUCAGAAUGUCCGUCUCUUCUGUUAUGUCAGUUGAUUUGGUUUUCUUAAAUUUAUUGCUGUAAUAAUUCCUAGAUACAAAUAAACUAAGGCUUUAUUUCCUGA